AUGAACCAGUCGAGUCAGACACUGGCCUACUGUGCUGACCUGCUGGGCCUGGACCAGGAGGACCUGAGAGUCAGCCUCACCACCAGGGUCAUGCUCACCACAGCAGGGGGCGCCAAAGGAACAGUUAUCAAGUAGGACUACCUCUAAUGCUGCAUUUAGAUGGUAGGACGUAGACAGUAAACGGCAAACCGGAUGUAAUUGUUUUCAAUGAGAGCAUGACGGUAAAUGCCGUUGAAGCUGGUGGUGAAUGCCAUCAGCCGCCACAAUAAAUGGGACUUGCCACCAGAGUUUAAAUAUUUUAACUUUUGCCGUCUGCCGUGGCGUUGUUUUCUACAGGAUGUUGAUUUGCACUGUUUGUUUUCUGAAAUCACCAUAGCAAUGCAUACCGUCGUGCUGGCUUGCUUUUGCCAUCACCGUCUUUCUUGCUUUCUUGUCCCGCUAUGCCAACUGGUUUGACGUUUUUUUGCCACUAAAAGUCUGUUUACAUCGUGACUUAUUUAGUAACGCCGUACGUCAUCUUCACCGAGUCUUGCCCCGCUACUGAACAAUCAAGUGUAGUGUUUGUAACGCAAGAUGGAGGAUAGCCUGUCUCUCGUCAGAGAUCGCAUAAAUACAUUGUUUCAGGUGAUAAUACAACAUAAGACUGAACAUGAAUAGACUAUAGAUGGGAAUAUGGGGUGGGGAAAGUGAGCAGUAAUGGUAGGUACCUAACUUCAAAAGGUAAAAGGUUUGCUCUGAACCUGCUGCUUCAGCUCGAUGCCUGUACAGAAGAGAACGGAGAGCAGAAUAAUUUUGGAGUGUUUGAAUUUUAACAAGUAUUCCAGUCCACAGUGUAGCUACCAGCCAUGAGACUGAGACUGAGUGCAGGACAGAGUGCUACACCAUAGCUGAACUUGCUCAGUUCAGAGGAACUCCAAUUUGUUCAUAGUCAUCAACCCCUUUGAAUAAUUGAAGCCAAAUGGUGUUGGAGAGUGCUACGAGAAUUAGUCAGCCAGGGUUCAGGGAGUACAGUCACUUCUAAUGGCUUGUAUUUUGUCCUCCUUACCUACUUGUUUUAGCAAAAAUUCCUCUUUGCUAAUACUAUCCUGUAAAAACGUACUCUUUAAGAAUCAUCUCAAACUUUGUUUGCACCUAAACCUGAAAUGAAAAAUGCCUGUAUUGAUUAAAAAUGUUUUUAUUUAUUUAUUAAGGAGUAGCCCAGUGUCCUGGUUUCAGCCCCUCACUGCUCCACUUUGUGUUUUCCCCCCAGGGUGCCUCUGAAGGUGGAACAGGCUAACAACGCCCGGGACGCCCUGGCCAAGGCCGUGUACAGCUGCCUCUUCGAUCACGUGGUCAGGAGGGUCAACCAGUGCUUCCCCUUCGAAACCUCCUCCAACUUCAUCGGGGUGCUGGAUAUCGCCGGCUUCGGUAAGUCAGCCUAGAGCAGUGAGUUUGUCUGACAGUUUGUCUGUUUCUCUGUAUGUUUGUUUCUCUGUCUGCCUGUGAGUCUGUCUAUCUAGCCAUAUAGCCAUUAUUUUAUCUUGUAGGUGUUCGUUUCCUGCACGUCCUAACAUAAACUAUUUUCUCUUCUCUUUCUAAAAACGUUACUGACUAAAUGUAAUAUAUUCAGUACCAGUAACUGCCUGAAGAUAAGCAUUCUUCAUUCCCACUUCAGGCGUGGCAGAUCAUUUACACUUUCAUAUUUCUUCUCACCCCCCUCAGAGUAUUUUGAGCACAACAGCUUUGAGCAGUUCUGCAUCAACUACUGCAACGAGAAGCUGCAGCAGUUCUUCAACGAGCGCAUCCUGAAAGAGGUGAGUGAGAGUGUCGUCUGGGGGCGUGGAGGUGGCUCGCUAGUGUUCUUUAAGCUUUGGACUCCCACUGAGGACUAGUGUUGUAACCAUACCAGAAUUUUGACUUCGAUACCGAUACUAGGUUUAGUAUCACAAUACACGAUACCAUCACGAUACUCGAUACCGAAACGAUACCACAACAAAAGAAAAAAGGCAUAUUAGCCAAAGUCACAGAAUGGCACUUGAUACAGACAGAUAAACUCGGCUACUGCUCUGUUCAAUCAUUGGGCAUCUUUUGAGUUCAAUAUCAUUACGUUUGAAAAUGUUUGUCAAAUUUUUUUUAUGGCAGCCAUGUUUGCGUUAAUUAAUCAAUUAUAUAAUCAUACAAUCAAUUUGACUUUGUUUUUACCAAUAUAACUACAAUAAUGUAUUUUAAAGGUAAAUCGCUAUUGAUAAACUGGGUAAAUCAAGAUGUAGCCUAGGUCUAUUCACAAUACGGUGAAUGCAUAUUAUUCAAUAGGAGUGUGUGCAUGCAUUGAGUUAUUGAGCUUGUUUUAGCUGAUUUCAUGGGGCAACAGAUGACACACAAUCCAUACAAUCUACCAUUUAGGACUUAUUUUAUUGGCGACUGCUCGGAGAACAGAUUAUUUUAUUGUACUGAUUAACAACAUUUGCAUAGAAUAAUUAAUAUCUUCUUUUAUAAAAGUUUGCGCUGUCUCUUUAAGAAUGUAAUGACAUCAUUUGCAAGGCAGAUGGGUCUGUGGAAUCUGACUAGUGGAAACCAGACUGGAGGUGAAUAAGCUUUUGGUGGCGAGGGAGACAAAGCAAAUUAAUAACGUUUUUGGUGACAAUCAGCUUUGAAAUCAGCAUAUUUUGCGUUAUGGUUUGCAUAUUAUCACAAAAAGUGCUAGGGUAGUGAAUUGAUCUUGCUUCAGCUGUAAGCUUGCAAGGAAAGUUAGCCUACAGUUAAAGCUGGAAGCUACCGGGAUCGUCUUGUUUUGUAAAAGUGUUUAAACAUUUGUACAUGCAGUGUUGCAUUAUUCAAGUGUAUAAACUUCUGUGCAGCAUUAGUGAGGAGCUAACAAUGCAGCCCAGACAGCUCUAGCCAGGGGUUAAAGUUCUCCGUCACUGGGACGGAUUUCCGUCGUAUGGAUUCUGGAGAGGUCAUUUUUUUUAGAUCAGUGUAGAUUUGGUUUGGAGAUGACAUAGCCUAAUACAGACAGAAGCAUGUCUGUUCUACUAAAUAUAUUCCCAAAUAACUGUGUUCUCAAAUAUUUAAUUUUAUCUGUUAUGCUGUGUGCACUGAACUGACAUGCAUGAUUGUUGAUGACACUCCGAUGUUCAGAUGAGAGGAUUUAAAUAGUCUAUAUAAUGCUCAGAACAGCUCAACUCAGACAGCGGUGUGUAGCCUACUGUAGCUGCUGGCGAAGUCAUUCAAAGCCUAUACUAUAACAUUUAGGAUAUCACUUUCCAGUGCUACAAUUUUUGCCAUGUAAUGUUGUUAAAACAAAAUCAGACAACCCCAUAGUAGAAAAGUUUACCUACAGUGCAUUUUGAAAGUAUUCAGACCCCUUUACUUUUUCCACAUUUUGCUACAUUACAGCCUUAUUCUAAAAUUGAUUAUAUAAAAAUUUUCCUCAUCAAUCUACUACGCACAAUACCCCAUAAUGUGAAAACAGGUUUUUAGAAAUUUUAGCAAAUGUAUUAAAAAUACAAAAACGGAUACCUUAUUUACAUAAGCAUUCAGACCCUUUUCUAUGAGAUUAGAAAUUGAGGUAAGGUGCAUCCUGUUUCCAUUGCUCAUCCUUGAGAUGUUUCUACAACUUCAUUGGAGUCCACCUGUGGUAAAUUCAAUUGAUUGGACAUGAUUUGGAAAGGCACACACCUGUCUAUAUAUAUGUGGUCCUCUGUAGCUCAGCUGGUAGAGCACGGCGCUUGUAACGCCAAGGUAGUGGGUUCGAUCCCCGGGACCACCCAUACACAAAUAAAUUUUGUAUGCACGCAUUACUGUAAGUCGCUUUGGAUAAAAGCGUCUGCUAAAUGGCAUAUUAUUAUUAUAUUAUUAUAAGGUCCCACAGUUGACAGUGCAUGUCAGAGCAAAAAACAAGCCAUGAGGUUGAAGGAAUUGUCCGUAGAGCUCCGAGACAGCAUUGUGUCGAGGCACAGAUCUGGGGAAGCAUGGUGGCGGCAGCAUCAUGCUGUGGGGAUGUUUUUCAGUGGCAGAGACUGGGAGACUAGUCAGGAUCGAGGGAAAGAUGAACGGAGCAAAGUACAGAGAGAUCCUUGAUGAAAACCUGCUCCAGAGCAGACCUGAAAAUAGCUGUGCAAUGAUGCUCCCCAUCCAACCUUACAGAGCAUGAGAGGAUCUGCAAAGAAGAAUGGGAGAAACUCCCCAAAUACAGGUGUGCCAAGCUUGUAGCGUCAAAGGUGCUUCAACAAAGUACUGAGUAAAGGGUCUGAAUACUUAUGUAAAUCUGAUAUUUUAGUUUUAUUUUAUACAUUUGCAACAAAUUCUAAAAACCUGUUUUUGCUUUGUCAUUAUGGGGUAUUGUGUGUAGAUUGAUGGAAUAAACUAUUUAAUCAGUUUAAGAAUAAGGCUGUAACGUAACAAAAUGAGGAAAAGUCAAGGGGUCUGAAUACUUUCUGAAUGCACUGUAUUUACCUAGUCUGCUUGUUGUGUGUUGUAUGCAAGAUAAAUAUUCCUCUCGAGGCGCAUUCGAGUUGCGAGAGCCAAAGAGAGUGAAAUAUGUAUUCUGACAAGCAGUCAAUGCACAACAAUUCUUAAUGCAAUUGUGGGAAAACACUUUUGAAAGCAGUUUUGGCCUUUGUUUAAAAAAGAGAGGGAUCCCAGUUUUACGUUGCUACCACAAUUAUUUCUCUACUCCUUCAAUUGCGAGUGUGGCAAAUUUUACAAAUGCAGUUUUUAGGGCCGUCACGGUAAUUGAAUAACCGUGUAAGUGAAGGUUAUGGAUGAUGACCGUCAUGAAAAUAAAAUAACAGUCAAAACCGUUUAAAUAGGCCUACUUUCAUUUGAGGUUUUAGCUUUAUUAACUUUAUUUUCACGUAGAUAAACUUGACCUAAUAGCGGGAGUGUGUUUACUAAUGAUUAUAAGAAAUAGUUUCGCUAACUUAGUCUGUUUAUUAAACGUUCUACAUCUCCUCCUCUUUCCAACUGAUGAUGUGCAGAGGUGUAGGCCGCUAUAGGUUAUGGCACUUCAUUAAAACAAAUAUUUUGAUAUGUGGACUUUAUUUUAUACAAUGCACAUUUUUAUUACUUGCUAUUAAAUAAAUAAAUCUGUCUAUUAAAAAAGGUUGGAUGCAUCUGACUGUUGAUAAAUGAUUCAACAGCAGUCGACAAGGUUGUUCUGGCUCUGAGGCUUAUAAUUAGUCAAAUGGACAAUGCGCCAUCCUCUCCAACCUGGCAUGGUAUAAUUUGAUACGGAAUCUUUUCUUAAUUUAUAGACUAAUCAAUGCUGAUCAUUACAUUUACAUUUUAGUCAUUUAGCAGACGCUCUUAUCCAGAGCGACUUACAGGAGCAAUUAGGGUUAAGGGCCUUGCUCAAGGGCACAUCGACAGAUUUUUUCACCUAGUCGGCUCGGGGAUUACAACCAGCGACCUUUCAGUUACUGGUACGACGCUCUUAACCACUAAGCUACCCACCCGGUCCUGGCCGCCCUCCUAUCCCCACAAAGUAGAAUAGUAGCCUAGGCUAUACAGUGUCAGCCGCAAUGCACUUUUAUGAAUGCCUAUGUGGUAACCUACCUUUUUAUAAAACAGGCAAUUUACCGUUAAUCCACGUUAAUAUGUGUAUUAAUUAGUCAUUUACUGUUCUCAUUCUCGGAGUGUAAACGUUAUUUGCUCACAACCUGCUACACUUGUGAGAAACAAGUUUUGAUUUAUUUCAUACCAUCAUAUACGCGCUCCAUGUGAGCAAUUAGCGUGUGUCUGGUUUCUUUGUCCUCUUAAUGUUGACGGAGCGUGCGCACCUGAGCUCGCAUAGAAGUACCUGCCCAGCUGGGCUUUUAAGUAAAAAAAAUUUACAUCUUCACCUCACACAUAAGUCAAGUAUUUAUUUUAUUUUAUUUUUUUACAUCCAUUCAAAUUAUAAUAGUUCCUCACAGUAUUUGAAAAAUCUUUCUAACACACUCCCCCUCGAUAAUCAGCAUCGCUGAUAAAUAGGCAAUGGACAUGUUGCGUGUAUUUGUUUCUAUUUUAAUGAUUGUCAGUUUCAUCUUCAUACUAUAGCACAGCUGUCCCGUUCAUACUUUCCUUGUCAAUUCAUUAUCUUAUAGCCUACUUUCGGAAAGCCUAAGGUAGUCUUAGGUUUUUUUUAUAUGUUUUAAGGAAAUGAGAAAUAUUUGCUCUUGUGUCUGACGUACGCUGGUGGCUUUGAUUGACUGGUCCUUUUACGGGGGGGUGCUGUGUGUGAGUUCGGUGAUUCUCUCUAGAGGCCUAUAUGUCCAUCCAGAAAGUUUCCUAAAGUAGCCUGUCUGGACUCCAUCUCUUUAAUAAGAAUUAAACACUCCUGUCAUGAAUUAAUCUUGUAAAGGCUACAUUAUUUAUCUGAUUACGGCGUCUUCUCUUUGAAGAACGGUCGAAUGAUUGCAGCAGCAGGGUUUGUGACGUUAUGUGAAUAUUUUGGGAAAAGUGGGAGAAAACCCGUCGGACUUUGUUUGAAUGGUUUUGUGCGUCGAAAUAGGAUCUGUAUACACAAUUUUAAAAAUUCAGAAAAUCCAACGGUAUUUACAUUUUACAUUUUAGUCAUUUAGCAGACGCUCUUAUCCAGAGCAACUUACAGUUAGUGAAUACAUAUUUUAUUUUUUUAUUUUUAUACUGGCCCCCCGUGGGAAUCGAACCCACAACCCUGGCGUUGCAAUCGCCAUGCUCUAUCAACUGAGCUACAUCCCUGCCGGCCAUUCCCUCCCCUACCCUGGACGUUGCUGGGCCAAUUGUGCACCGCCCAUGAGUCUCCCGGUCGCGGCCGGCUGCGACAGAGCCUGGAUUCGAACCAGGAUCUCUAGUGGCACAGUUAGCACUGCGAUGCGGCGCCUUAGACCACUGCGCCACUCAGGAGAUAUGUAGGCACAUCUUUAAUUGGACUCUCUUAAUGUUGUCAUUACAAAAAUGCGACAGAUCCUCUUCAACCUGGCAUUUCUUAAUUUGUUGAUUAAUAUUUAUAAGCAUUAACCUGAUUAAUAACGAAAUGCUAUGAUAAUAAUGAAGUGUAAUGGCUUGUUUCAAAUAGGUUUUUAUUAAGAAGCAUAUCCAUGUAAACAAGUGUACAAACAGAAUUGUGACCUCCCCUUUUUAACUUAUUUUUUGGCUAUAUGCAUGGUCCUUUUUUGGAGGGGGUAUCGAAAAUGUACUGAAGUUUCGGUAUACUGUGCAACACUAUGGAGGACUCCGGAGUAUGUCAGUCAACAAGCUAGGAGUUUGUGUCACACACACAAACACCCUGUGUGAUCUCUCCCUGGAAGAGUCAGUCCACAUGUUAAACUCAUUCGAAUGGUAAUCUUUCUCUCUGUGGAGAUGACAGGGUUUCUCUUCUGGGAUCUCCUGUUUUAUUCAUUGAUUUUCAAGGUCUCCAAUUAACGAUCAAAUUAUAUUUUUAAGGGAUUUCAUGGCGUUUGAAUCACAUUGGAGUGCGGAGAUAUUUGUGUUUGUUGGCCUGAAAUUACCCAGAGAAGCAUGUUUAAUAAAAUAAAUGCCAUUUUGAAAAGGGGUUUGUGUACUUGAUUCAGUAAGUCAUGAUUGUUGACAGAUCUAGGAUCAGAUUACACUAACCAUUAGGAGGAUGAAAAAAGAUCUGACCCGGUAUAAGUGGUUAGGAGCAACAUCUCUGUACUUUAGUGUUGACUUACCACUCUUUCUGCAGGAGCAGGAGCUGUAUCAGAGAGAAGGACUGGGAGUCAAUGAAGUUCAUUAUGUCGACAACCAGGACUGCAUAGGUGGGUGCCAAUGUCACCUUACUCCGUAUUUAUUAUUAGACAUGAGAGGAUGUUUAUUUCCUCUGCAGUAGGCUGUGAAGCCCAUAGAUAUUGCUAUGUUAUAUUUCAUUCUAUGUUGGAGCUCUUUCAUAAGCCAAAAAAUAUAUCUUGAUAUUGCACUUACAGUAUAUUUAGAUGCCAGACCAGUGAAACAGGACAUUUCUCCCAGCCUGGUUCACACAUUCAGUUUAUCAACUUGUCAUGGUGCAAAGUCAAAUUCCCCAAGAGCAGCUCCUAAACUAUUUUACUGGUUUAAUAUGUGGGACAGCACUCUGUAAAAACAAGUUUCUUUGCGAUACAUACUAUACCUGUACUGUAAGCUUCAAUGUCAAAUGUAAUGCAAGGACUGGCUUUAGAAGGAAAAGAUGCAAUCUCUUUCUGGGUCUCACUGCUGCCUAGCAGUGGCCUCUAGGGACCAAACGGAGAGGCAAGUAGAGGUGUGGGGGGGGGGGGGGGGGGGGGUGAGUGGGUGCAGAGAUUGGAGUGGAAAUCUCCAGGUACUGGGUGCCUUAGAGUGACAUACAGAGACAUACAAAGACAUGAUUACCUUGAAGCCCUGUCUUUUUUAAGGCUCAUACAAGACAUGAUGCGAGAGACUGACAGAGAUACAGCCCUCGACAGAGCACUCUCACUUUUAAGAAACUGUGAUUGCAUGAAAUCCCCCCCACGACAUGAGUUUGCACUGACUUCCUUCGACUGCACAAUUAGGGCCCUAUAAAAUCCACGGGGAAUGCAGACGGUAUCACGUAAUCCAGACAUUACAUCGGAAUUUAACAAAAUAAAAAUAUAUAUUGAAUUUAUUAGAAAAUGUAUACAUUUGCCCAAGAUUAUCGUAAGACAUUAACAAAAUGCAUCAGUGAUUUGUAUUUUCCUUAAACUUUCUGAAGAGGCAAUGCAGAAUGCCCCUGUCUGUGUGUGCACGUUUGUCUACCAGUUUAUGUAGCCGUUAGCGAUGAAGUCUUCUGGUAGAUGGAAAGGCUUUCCCAAAAACCUUCUCAAUUAAAAUGUUAGCUACAAAGUAGCCAAUGCCUACCUGGCAGAAUGAUAUUGUGAUUAUUUGCAUCAAUCCAGUGGUGAUUUGUUAAGCAAACUCUGCAGUCACAUGUGCUACAGAAACACCACUAACCUAACAAGUCUCUUGCUGGUGUGCACUUGAAUUAACCUCUUAAGGAUCGGACCCUUUUUCUUUCAAUUUUCGCCUAAAAUGACAUACCCAAAUCUAACUGCCUGUAGCUCAGGAUCUGAAGCAAGGAUAUGCAUAUUCUUGAUACCAUUUGAAAGGAAACACUUAGAAGUUUUUCGGAAAUGUGAAAUUAAUGUAGGAGAAUAUGACACAUUAGAUCUGGUAAACGAUAAUACAAACAAAAAACCAUGUGUUUUCAAUUUUUUAUUUGAUUCCAUCAUCUUUGAAAUGCAAGAGAAAGGCCACAAUAUAAUAUUGCAAUUUAGAUUUUGGACACUAUAAGGCAGCAGUGUGUGUGCAAAGUUUCAGAUUGAUCCAGGGAAGCAUUGCAAUACUGGACUAUUUUUAAUCAAGUCUGCCCAAAUGUGCCGAAUUGGUCAAUUGAUACAUUUUCAAGUACAUAACUAUAGAGAACAUACAAAAAUGAAAUGGUAAUACAAAAUGUACGUUUACACACUCCCAGGAAUGUCAUACAUGAUGGAUCAUUAGCUUAUACAUUAACUUUCACACAUCUAGAUGGCCGGGCGGGGUGGGUGUGGAGCCAGAGACAGCAGGGGUUUAAACUGUAGAACCCAAUUCCUACAUUUGAAUAUAAAAAUGGAUUUUAUCAAACAAAACUAUGCUACAUUUUAUCUCUGGGACCCUUAGGAUGACAAAUCAGAGCAAGAUUACUGAAAUCAAGUACAUUAUUUACCUUCAGAGUCGAAUGUAUCAAACCAGUUGCCGUGAUACGUUUUUUGUUGUUGUGCACUCUCCUCAAACAAUAGCAUGCCAUUUUUUCACUGUACUAGCUACUGUAAAUUGGACAGUGCAGUUAGAUUAACAAUAAUGUAAGCUUUCUGCCCAUAUAAGACAUGUCUAUGUCCUGGAAAGUUUGCUGUUACGGUCAUGCUAAUCACAUUAGCGCACGUUAGCUCAACCAUCCCGUAUACGGGACACCGAUCCCAUAGAGGUGAAAGGGUAUCUAUACCCAAAAAUGUAAAUGUCUUCAAUUUUUCCAAGACCUUAAAAGUAUUUUACUGAUGUGGUUUAGGCAUUGUUUUGGACUUAACAUUCCAUUUUGUAGUUUUCUAUAAAAGUUUUGAGAGCGAAAACCUGAAAAAACUUGGAAAUCAUAAACCUGAAAAAACAAUACAGAGAAAACAGAAUUUGGAAAAAAGUAAACGGAAUUAGGCAAAAAAUGUAACUGAUUUUAUAGGGCCCUAUACAAUAUAACUUCUCUGGAGUAAGUGGCGAAGAGGGACCACAACAUGUGGCUACCCAUUAAACCAGGAAGUUGCAAUUGUGUAAUGAGCAUUUGUGGUUGUCAGUGCUCUUUUGUUCCCCUCUGCCUGUGUUUUCAUAACACCAACCUCCAUUGAAUAGGAUCAAAUGUCCCGUAGGUGGCAAUGUGAUCCAUUUCGAUUUGUAUAUCCAACAGGGUUUUGAUUAGUCAGGUGCCAGGUUAACUGCAGCCAUGAAUAACGUUUGAUCCGGGAAAGGGAACAUUGAGACACCGAUUGCAUCUUUCCAGACAUUCUGACAGUUGACCGCUCCUCUCUGGAAUAUGUUAGAAUAUAACUUUAUGGACAAUUUGCAUAUGGUUUCACACAGUGACAUUGAGAAACGUUCAAAACACUGACCGCAUUACAACAUUAGGAGCACAGGACAACUUUCCCCCUUGCAGAUCAAUAAAGUACUUUCUUAUCUUAUUCGUAUCUUAAUCAUUUGACUUGAAUUGACUAUGCUGCUGACUAUAUCCGUAAUAAUGCAUUAAUGUAUUCCCAUAGACCUGGUGGAAGCCAAACUAGUGGGCAUCCUGGACAUUCUGGAUGAAGAGAACCGUCUACCACAGCCCAGCGACCAUCACUUUGCCAACACCAUCCACAGCCAGCACAAAGACCACUUUAGACUGACGGUGAGAGCUUUGGGUGGAAGUUGCCUGCAGGCACAUAUCUGGGAUCAGCUUACCCACCCUGGAUCCUAACCUGAACCAUCUAUGUUGAAAAAUGCUAAACUGACCUUAGAUCAACAUUUAGUGAACUGAUACUCUUAAACUGUUACUGCCCUCUCACCACACUUAAAUGCCAAGGGGUCACAAUGGGAUUGUAAUGGACAUUCUGGUACUUUGUCUAUGUGAAAAGCCCCAGUCCCUUUCUUAGGGAACUUUUGUCCCGCUUUCUGGAAGCUUGACAGGCGUAAAAUCCUGUUUUAAAUGCAGCAUUGAUAUAAAUUCGGACCAACAGAUUAGACUGGGCUCGCUACAGCUGGUUUUUAGGUCAUAUUAAUCAUCACUUUCAUAUGGAAAUGAGGAAUAUUCUCUCAGUUGUGUAUGGUCAUAUAAUAUGAAUCAUAAUUGCCAUAUAGUAUGAUACUACCACAGCUAGGUGAGUAUCCUAAUAGUGUCCACAGAUCGUGCACAAUGAUGAGGGUGUUAUAGAAGACAUUCGCCAUCACCACUACAGCCCAGUCUAUCUUACACAACAGACAGAAAGACACACACACACUUAUAUCUAUCUAAUAUGUUGCUGCCGUCUCUCAGGUCCCUAGGAAGUCGAAGCUGGCUGUCCAUAGGAACGUCAGAGAUGAUGAAGGCUUCAUCGUCAGACACUUUGCCGGAGCUGUGUGCUACGAGACGGUAACACUCACGCACAUCGAUUAUAUUUUGAUUUGCUCUUGUGAUUGCUUGUUGUUUAACCUUGUAUGAUUGUGUGAUGUAACCAUGUCAUACUAUACACAGUUAUAUCUCAGACGUGGUGUAACUAUGUAGCAAUUUUAAAUACUGCUGCUGGUAAUAGUCUUCUCAGCUUGUUAGUAGGGCUGGAAAUUGCUAGGGACCUCAGGAUACAAUAUUAUCACGAUACUUAGGUGCCGAUAUAAUUUGAUUGGUCUACCUUUUUAAACAUGCAUUUUUCCAUUUAUAGACACUAGGGUUGUCCCCGAAUAAUACAUUAAUUAAUAGUGGUCGACCGAGAGUCGUCUGUUCUUUCGGCUAAUCGAUUGGUCGACAUUUUGAAACGUGUAUUUUUCUAUACAGUGCCUUCAGAAAGUAUUCACACCCUUUUACUUUUUCCACAUUUUGUUGCGUUACAGCCUGAAUUUAAAAUGGAUUAAAUUGAGAUUUUUGGUCACUGGCCCUACACACAAUACCCCAUAAUGUCAAAGUGGAAUUAAUUAAUAAAAAGCUGAAAUGUCUUGAGUCAAUAAGUAUUCAACCCCUUGGUUAUGGCAAGCCUAAAUAAGUUCAGGAGUAAAAAUGUGCUUAACAAGUCACAUAAUAAGUUGCAUGGACUCUGUGUGCAAUAAUAGUGUUUAACAUGAUUUUUGAAUGACUACCUCAUCUCUGUACCCCACACAUGCAAUUAUCUGUAAGGUCCCUCAGUCGAGCAGUGAGUUUCAAAUACAGACCACAGACCAAGGACACCUAUUGGUAGAUGGGUAAAAAUAAAACAAUUAGACAUUGAAUAUCCCUUAGAGCAGUGGUUCCCAAACUGUCAGGCGAUGGUCGUCAGGGGGGACGCGGCGGGGGUCCCCCCCCCCAAAAAAAAAUGAACUCAGUCAGGCGUUAAAUUUACUCUUGUUAUAGUAGAAUGCACAAGGUGCAAUUUCUAAAUUGGGUAAUUCAUCAUCAGUUCCUCUUGUCAUGUUAGUCAUUGCAUUCCUUAGAGAGCUAUUUAUAACUUGUCAGAAAUGUCCAGAUCAACUAGCCCAAUUAGAUAUGAAUUAGAAAAUUCUCUCCACCAACGAGGGGUGUGAACAGUUUGUGUCAUGAACAGUGCUUGUGCCUUUAGACAUAGACGUGGCAUCCUAUUUGCAAUAAAGCACUAAAGUAAAACUGCACAAAAUGUGGCUUAAAUACAAAGCGUUAUGUUCUGGGCAAAUCCAACCCGUCACAUCACUGAGUACCACUCUUCAUAUUUUCAAGCAUGGUGGUGGCUGCAUCAUGUUAUGGGUGUGCUCAACGGCAAGGACUAGGGAGUGUUUUUAAAUAAAAAGAAAUGGAAUAGAGCUAAACACAGGCAAAAUCCUAGAGGAAAACCUGGUUCCGUCUACUUUCCACCAGACACUGGGAGACAAAUUCACCUUUCAGCAGGACAAUAACCUAAAACACAAAGUCAAUUCUACACUGGAGUUGCUUACCAAGACGAAUGUUCCUGAGUGGCCUAGUUACAGUUUUGAAUUAAAUCGGCUUGAAAAUCUAUGGCAAGACUUAAAAUAAUAAUGUGCAAAUAUUGUACAAUCCAGGUGUGCAAAGCUCAGAGACUUACACAGAAAGACUCACAGCUGUAAUCGCUGCCAAAGGUGAUUCUAACAUGUAUUGACUCGGGGGGUUUAAUAUUUAUCUAAUCAAGAUAUAUUAGUGUUUAUUUUUCGUAUAGUUUUUUUAUACAAAUGUUAAGAGUAUUUUGUCUAGAUCGUUGACAAAAAAAGUACAAUUAAAUCCAUUUUAAUCCCACUUUAUAACACAACAAAAUGUGGAAAACGUGAAGGGGUGUGAAUACUUUCUGAAGACACCCUAUGUGUUUUAAUAAAAACAACUGCACAUAAACACAAUUUCAAAGAUUUACUGAGUUACAGUUCAUAUAAGGAAAUUAGUCAAUUGAAAUAAGUUCAUUAGGGCCUAAUCUAUGAAUUUCACAUUUAAAUUUUUUACAUUUUGGCACAACGCUCUUAACCACUAAGCUACCUGCCGCCCCAAGACUGGGAAUACAGGGACUCAUGACUGGGAAUACAGAUAUGCAUCUGUUGGUCACAGAUACCUUUAAAAAAAUAAUAAUAAUAGGGGUGUGGAUCAGAAAGGCAGUCAGUAUCUGGUGUGACCGCCAUUUGCCUCAUGCAGCGCAACAAAUCUCAGGCUGUUGAUUGCGGCCUGUGGAAUGUUGUCCCACUCCUCUUCAAUGGCUGUGCAAAGCUGCUGGAUAUUGGCGGAAACAGGAACACGCUGUGGUACACGUCGAUCCAAAGCAUCCCAAACAUGCUCGAUGGGAAUGGGUGACAUUUCUGGUGAGUAUGCAGGCAAUGGAAGAACUGUGACAUUUUCAGCUUCCAGGAAUUGUGUACAGAUCCUUGCGACAUGGGGCUGUGCAUUGUCAUGCUGAAACAUGAGGUGAUGGCGGCGGAUGAAUGGCACGACAAUGGGCCUCAGGAUCUCAUCACAGUAUCUCUGUGCAUUCAAAUUGCCAUCGAUAAAAUGCAACUGUGUUCGUUGUCCGUAGCUUAUGCCUGCCCAUACCAUAACCCCACCACCACCAUGGGGCGCUCUGUUCACAAGGUUGACAUCACCAAACCGCUUGCCCACACGACCCAAUCUGCCCAGUAGAGUUGAAACCAGGAUUCAUCCGUGAAGAGCGCACUUCUCCAGCGUGCCAGUGGCCAUCAUAGGUGAGCAUUUGCCCGCUGAAGUCAGUUACGACGGCGAACUGCAGUCAGGUCAAGACCCUGGUGAAGACGACGAGCACGCAGAUGAGCUUUCCUGAGACGGUUUCUGACAGUUUGCGCAGAAAUUAUUUGGUUGUGCAAACCCACAGUUUCAUCAGCUGUCCAGGUGGCUGGUCUCAGAAGAAGGUGAAGAAGCCGGAUGUGGAGGUCCUCGGCUGGCGUGGUUACACGUGGUCUGCGGUUGUGACGGCGGUUGGUUGUGGUCAGAAGUUGUGUGAUUGUGGUCAGAAGUUGUGUGGUUGCGGGUCAGUAGUUGUUGUCAGAAGGUGAGUGGUCAGAAGUUGUGUGGUUGUGGUCAGUAGUUAUGUGGUUGUGGUGACUAGAUGUGAUCAGCAGUUGUGUGGUUGUGGUCAGUAGUUGUGUGGUUGUGGUCAGCAGUUGUGUGGUUGUGGUCAGCAGUUGUGUGGUUGUGGUCAGCAGUUGUGUGGUUGUGGUCGGAAGUUGUGCGGUUGUGGUCGGAAGUUGUGCAGUUGUGGUUGGUAGUUGUGUGGUUGUGGUCAGUAGUUGUGUGGUUAGCAGUUGUGGUCAGUAGUUGAGUGGUCAGUAGUUGUGUGGUCAGAAGUUGUGUGGUUGUGGUCAGCAGUUGUGGUCAGUAGUUGAGUGGUCAGUAGUUGUGUGGUCAGAAGUUGUGUGGUUGUGGUCAGUAGUUGUGUGGUUGUGGUCAGCAGUUGUGGUCAGUAGUUCUGUGGUCAGUUGUGUGGUUGUGGUCAGUAGAUGAGUGGUCAGUAGUUGUGUGGCUGUGGUCAGUAGUUGUGUGGUCAGAAGUUGUUUGGUUGUGGUCAGAAGAUGAGUGGUUGGUAGUUGUGUGGUUGUGGUUAGAAGUUGUGUGGUUGAGGUCACUAGAUGUGGUAAGCAGUUUUGUGGUUGUGGACAGUAGUUGUGUGGUCAGUAGAUGAGUGGUCAGUAGUUGUGUGGUUGUGGUCAGUAGUUGUGUGUUUGAGGUCUCUAGAUGUGGUAAGCAGUUUUGUGGUUGUGGUCAGUUGUUGUGUGGUCAGUAGUUGUGUGGUCAGAAGUUGUUUGGUUGUGGUCAGUUAAAAUUAAAGUGGAAAACCACACAACAGGCUGAUCCAAAUUUGAUGUAAUAUCCUUAAAACAAGUCAAAAUGAGGCUCAGUAGUGUGUGUGGCCUCCACGUGCCUGUAUGACCUCCCUACAACGCCUGGGCAUGCUCCUGAUGAGGUGGCGGAUGGUCUCCUGAGGGAUCUCCUCCCAGACCUGGACUAAAGCAUCCGCCAACUCCUGGACAGUCUGUGGUGCAACGUGGCGUUGGUGGAUGGAGCGAGACAUGAUGUCCCAGAUGUGCUCAAUUGGAUUCAGGUCUGGGGAACGGGCGGGCCAGUCCAUAGCAUCAAUGCCUUCCUCUUGCAGGAACUGCUGACACACUCCAGCCACAUGAGGUCUAGCAUUGUCUUGCAUUAGGAGGAACCCAGGGCCAACUGCACCAGCAUAUGGUCUCACAAGGGGUCUGAGGAUCUCAUCUCUGUACCUAAUGGCAGUCAGGCUACCUCUGGCGAGCACAUGGAGGGCACACCAUGACUGACCCACCGCCAAACCGGUCAUGCUGGAGGAUGUUGCAUGCAGCAAAACGUUCUCCACGGCGUCUCCAGACUCUGUCACGUCUGUCACGUGCUCAGUGUGAACCUGCUUUCAUCUGUGAAGAGCACAGGGCGCCAGUGGCGAAUUUGCCAAUCAUGGUGUUCUCUGGCAAAUGCCAAACGUCCUGCACGGUGUUGGGCUGUAAGCACAACCCCCACCUGUGGACGUCAGGCCCUCAUACCACCCUCAUGGAGUCUGUUUCUGACCGUUUGAGCAGACACAUGCACAUUUGUGGCCUGCUGGAGGUCAUUUUGCAGGGCUCUGGCAGUGCUCCUCCUGCUCCUCCUUGCACAAAGGCGGAGGUAGCAGUCCUGCUGCUGGGUUGUUGCCCUCCUACGGCCUCCUCCACAUCUCCUGAUGUACUGGCCUGUCUCCUGGUAGCGCCUCCAUGCUCUGGACACUACGCUGACAGACACAGCAAACCUUCUUGCCACAGCUCGCAUUGAUGUGCCAUCCUGGAUGAGCUGCACUACCUGAGCCACUUGUGUGGGUUGUAGACUCCGUCUCAUGCUACCACUAGAGUGAAAGCACCGCCAGCAUUCAAAAGUGACCAAAACAUCAGCCAGGAAGCAUAGGAACUGAGAAGUGGUCUGUGGUCACCAACUGCAAAACCAGUCCUUUAUUGGGGGUGUCUUGCUAAUUGCCUAUAAUUUCUACCUGUUGUCUAUUCCAUUUGCACAACAGCAUGUGACAUUUAUUGUCAAUCAGUGUUGCUUCCUAAGUGGACAGUUUGAUUUCACAGAAGUGUGAUUGACUUGGAGCUACAUUGUGUUGUUUAAGUGUUCCCUUAAUUUUUUUGAGCAGUGUAUAUCAGUCGAAUUAUGUGCACAUUUCAUUCUAUUAAUUUUAGGCUAUUUAAAUUAAAUAUCAGCUACAAUUUCGUUAUCAAGAUGUUGGUCCUAGAUUAAUAAAUGGUAUAUAAAUGGAAUGAUAUGCCCAUUGAAUUCCAUUGCAUUUCACGUUGGGGGACCAAACAACAAAUGGUCUAAAGAGUUUUGGAGCAGGUCCCGGCCAUACGACGGGUAUUGAUUGACGAUCGAGACCAAAAGCAUUUAGAUCCGUCAUGGCAGGUCAUCAAUGUUCUGCAAUCGGUCAAUGCCGCACUGAAGCCUGUGGCCGACUUCACUGAUAUCUUAUCUGGGGAGAACUAUGUGACGGCGUUGUCAGUCGAGCCUGUUUUACGACUUUUAACGGGACAGAUUCUCUCUCCCAAACCCAACGACUCAGAGCUAACAAAAAAAAUAUAAAAGAUGUGCAGUAUAUUGCACGACAAGUACAAAUCCCCAGCACUUCAGGGGCUUUUGUCAAAGGCCUGCCUACUUGACCCCCGGUACAAAGGCCGUGUGGGAGAUGGCUUGGAUGGCACGAAAGAUGCCCUCCUUCAGGAGAUGUUGGCACUCGGGGAAGUAGACGGAGGCGGCACCAGCUGUACAGCUGGAGAUGGGGAUAACUGUGCACAGCUCCCGGCUAAAAAUAUUAAUCUUGGUGAUCUUCUUAGAGAAGAAACUGGCCCAGAAUGCUCCCCUCCCGGUACCCUUGAGAGUGCGUGCCGACACCGAGAUGACCCGCUAUAUGGAAGAGAAGGAACCGGACACAUCUGCUGACCCAUUGUCAUGGUGGCGGGAUAACCUUUUGGCUCUGCUUGCUAAAAAGUAUGUGCAUUUGCGCUACCAGCACUGCGUCAUAGAGGGUGUUCAGCACAGCAGGGAACAUAGUUACCUCUCUCCGGUCUUCACUGAAGCCGACAAAGUAAACAUGCUGGUGUUUUUUAAUCGGAACCUUAUAGCCUAACGUUGGCUAGUGCUAUAGCCUAUGAUAGUGGACUGAAACAAUAGCCUUUAUAGGCAACAGGCAGCUUAAACUUUGAGCGCAAUAGUUGUAUUAUAAUUAGAAGUGUCUUAUUUAUUUGUGUGCUAGUAUUACUAUUUCAGUGUUUUUAUUCAUAUUGUUUUACAUGAAUCCCCUUUUAAACUAAAAAAGAGAAAAUACGAAAAUUCCUAUAUGAAAGGCUAAGUAGCUUACAGACGCUAUUUGUCACCAUGCAGCUUUUUGUUGUCUUCAGUAAAAAAGAAAGACCAUAAACAGAAUUGUGUGUAUGCUAAAUCAUAACAGCUUAAUCAUUAUAAAAUGGUGAUGGUGAUGGUGGUGUUUAGCCUGCCCAGCUGGAAUUUGCCCAUUUUAAAAUCGAAACUAAUUUCACACAUGUAGGCAUUACACUGCGACAAGAAAUUGUGUAUGCCUUUUUUCAGAUGUUUUUUUUUUUUUUACAUCAUCAAUAUAGUGGAAUCAUGCAGCCCAUAUAUGUUUUGAUUUCAUAAGCCAUUCUAAGGUUUGUAUCAUUCACAACUAAAGUUGACAAAUAACUCAAAAUUAAGCAUAUAACCUGUUUCAAAUGAUCACUUUUUAAGCUGAACACAGAAUAACCGCUCCAUGUGUGCACUAGCUCGGAAAAAUAUCCUUUCAAUUUUAUUCAGCGAAGUUCAAUUAUAUUCUUACUAUAAAAUCAGAUAAUAUAAAAUAAUGGCACUUCAUAUUAUACAUUUCAUAAGAAAGACCAGCCUAAAAUAAAUAAUAGAUUUAUUCUGAUGGUGUACAGGCAAUUAAAUGGAUUUAUUACACUUUAGACUUUUAAAAUGUUGAUGUUUCAAAGGCACGCAUCAGCAGCUUGCAUGUGUGGAACCCCUUUAUGUUCAUUAACGGUCAAUUACCGUGAGACCGACAGUUAUUUGCUUGACAAUCAGCGGCUGACCGCUACAGCCCUAGUUGCGGUCAGUUGUUGUGUGGUCAGUAGUUGUGCGGUUGUGGUCUGUAGUUGUGUGGUUCAGUUGUUGUUGUGUGGUCAAUAUUUGUGUGGUUGGAAAAAGUUUGGGGGAAAUGUUGUAAUGCAGUUACUAAAACAGCUGUACCGUAAGAUGCGUAGUGAAUAUUUUGGUUUCGCGAACCGAUAUGAAUAGCAGAGAAGUAGAGGAAGAUUUCAUACCCUCUAACUUUUUGUCUAAAUUGUUGUGGUAGUGGUCAAAACGGCAGUUGUUUGAAAAAAAGUUACAGAAAACAGCUGUAACUUCUUAUCAGAAUAUAAUUUUUGGUUCAAACACCAGAUUUGUGUAGCAUGGAAGUAGAAGAAGAUGUAAACGCUCUAACUUUUUGUCUAAGUAGUUGCAAAGUGGUCAAAGUAGCUGAUUUGUGUCAAAAGUUGCAUUAUUGCUUUUACAGUGAAUUGCAGUUGGAGGUGAUGAUGUCAUAAUGGGGAGCUUUAGAAUGUUGAGAAAAAUGCCAUGAAAGUAAAUGAAACUAAAAAAUGUAUAACGUAAAAAGUAUAAAAGAUAUCAAAAGGUUGUAUACAAGCAAAUCGAGUGAGACCAAUCAGCACGUUUUAAAGUUCGAACAGCGUUUGUAGCUUAAACUGUGUAGAAGGAGUAGCAUGCUAAAGAAGAAGGAGAAGUAUGUCAAAGAUUGAAGCUGGGGCUUUUGCUGCGUAAGCACCACAAUUAGUUUCGAUCAGUCGUGGAAAUAAAAGUGCAGAAAGUUUUUUGGCUCACUAUUUUAAAAGAAGAUUGAGAACAAGCUAUAGGAUGAAAAAUACCAGAGUUUUGGCUCAGGUACAGCAGACUAGCACUAAGUAACACUACCAAAAAAUAAGUACUGUAUCUUUUAUAAUAUCAUCCAAAACAAUAUGUAACUGUAUUGAUUUUUUCCCCUAUCAAUACUUGUUAGCACACACGACAAAGUCUGUUUAUGUAUUUGUCAUGUUUUUUCUGUGCACAUGUGUGCGUUUGCAGACCCAGUUUGUAGAGAAGAAUAAUGAUGCCCUCCACAUGUCUUUGGAGAGCCUGGUGUGUGAGUCCAAGGAUAAGUUUGUGCGAGAGCUUUUUGAGAACUCCAACAACAGCAAGGACUCCAAGCAGAAGGCUGGCAAACUCAGCUUCAUCAGUGUGGGCAACAAAUUCAAGGUGAGGAAGGAGACUGUAGCAUCACCUGACUCUGAGAUGACACUUUGAAAGAAAAACACACCGCAAGUUCUUAUUAGUUUGUGUGAACCUACAAUUCUUAGUGUUUGAUAUUGUUUCACAUUCUACUUUCGCUGUUGAAGUGAAUAGUGUGUUUAGUUUGUAGUCUAAUGCUUUUCUUAUUGCUUAUUUCAGAUUGUUGUUUCAGAUGCUAUGACACAAUGUUAGAGAAAUCGCUGUGCACUGUUUUCCAACUUUGAAUUUCUAACGCCUCUCCCCUCCCACCCACGUUUCUUCCAUCCCUCCUUUCCUCUGUAGACCUCCUCCAGUCUCCUACCUCUUUUCCCAAGAAAUCCUUCCUUUGUGGAUGAAGUCAGCUAGAGAGUGUGGUGAAAAAGUCAGAGAUAGAAAGUAGCAGCCAGGCUAAAGUCUGUCACAAGGAAGCAUAGAGUCAGCCAGGGACAGAAGGUAACUCUCCCUGUAGAUUGUUUCAACAACACCGUGCUGUACCAGCAGAUGCACGCAGAGCACCCAUCACUUUUUUCCUGUCAUAUUCCCUCUCCACCUGUCUUUGUCUAUGGUCUUUGUGUGCCGUGAUGCUUGAGUUGAUGCUUUUAUCACUAAUUCAUAAGAUAAGGUGGACACAAUGACCUGAGUGUAGCGUUGCAGAGAAAAGAGCAAGAUCUUUUCAGCUUAAUGACACAAAUGUGCUUUAAUAAAACAUAAAAUCAUGAGGAAAGUUAGGCAAUAUGAGCCAAUAUAUUACAAUGCUGUGAGGAAGGGAACGUAGUCAAGUUUUCCUUUUUAUUCGAAUGUCUUUAACAGAUUCAUCCCUACUAUGAGCAGUGAAAGAUACGUGUAUUCAGGACACUCAUUCAUUCGUCAGUUAUCGUUUUCUGGAAUACAUCCCUUUAUCUCGUGUUUCCAAAAAGUAUUUGCUUGGCACAGUUUCAGUCAAUUUUUUAUAUAACUUGAGAAAUCAUCCAAAUUCAUUUAGGACUGUUGAAAGCAAAUCGUAUUGAGAACAGUGCAAGUGGCAUUUGCAGAAUCGUCAUGAGUCAUGCAUGGUUUUCUUUGUCUUUCCAUGUGCUGUUAUCCCUCACCUGUUCACAUGGAAGCAUGUUUGACUUUCUUUUGGAUAUGUCAACAUUAUAAUUAUUGCUUUUCUUCAGUUGUAAAUGUGCAAUGUCAAAUAUAAUCCCAAUUUGUUUGUAAGCGCUCCUUAACCCCUUUUUGUGCAUUGCGGUGGGACUCAGACUAAGUAUUAAGGAAGCGUUUUCUCUGCCUGCCUUCACAGACCCAGCUGAACCUACUGCUGGAGAAGCUUCACAGCACUGUGAGUAUCUGUCCCAUACCUGUUGUCCUCUCUCACACACUGGUAGUCAGGAAGUGGCCUCAGAUUGGAUGUGAUCGAUGGAUAUGUAAUGGAUAUGAUUUGCCUGUCUUUCAAAGGGCUCCAGCUUCAUUCGCUGUGUAAAACCCAACUUAAAGAUGGUGAGCCACCAUUUUGAAGGAGCCCAGAUUCUGUCUCAGCUGCAGUGUUCAGGUAUGGGCUAGGAGAGUAAGAACAUACUCUCAAAACAAUCAUUAAUACAAUCACAUUGUAAAAAAAAAAGUAAACAUUAGUUCAUUAUCAGUUAUAAAGAUUAGAACAGACACACACACACACACCUCUUUUGGUUUUGGUUCCUUUUCAAGACAUUUCUCUCCCCUUUCCUCACCAGGCAUGGUGUCAGUGCUGGACCUAAUGCAGGGCGGCUUCCCCUCCCGAGCCCCCUUCCAUGAGCUCUACAACAUGUACAAACAAUACAUGCCUGACAAGCUCACACGACUGGACCCCAGGCUCUUCUGCAAGGUGGGGGGCUCCCCCAAACACAGCAUUACAUUUCAUAUGUAACCUUGCAUUACUCAGAUGUUUAUACAUUUACGAGACGUCGACUGAUGGUUUUGGUUCUUGCUCCUCUGCAGGCUUUGUUCAAAGCACUGGGGCUGAAUGAGAAUGACUACAAGUUUGGGUUGACCAGAGUAUUCUUCCGUCCUGGGAAGGUAAGCACUGCUUUCUGCUGUCUUUUUAAUACUCUGCAGCAGUGUUUCCUAAACUCUGUCCUGGGGACCCUAAUAGGUGCACGUUUUUGGUUUCGCCCCAGCACUACACAGUUGAUUCAAACAAUCAACUCGUCAAGCUUUGAUUUUUCAAAUCAGCUGUGUAGUGCUGGGGCAAAAACCAAAAUGUACACCCAUUAGGGUCCCCAGGACCGAGCUUGGGAAAAGCUGCUCUACACUCUAUACAUGAUUCACAUAGGCCCAAAUGACCUUGAGUGAUUCUGUUGUUGUCCUGUUUCUGGGUCAGUUUGCAGAGUUUGACCAAAUCAUGAAGUCAGACCCAGACCACCUGGCAGAGCUGGUGAAGAAGGUCAACCAGUGGCUGGUCGUCAGCCGCUGGAAGAAGGUCCAGUGGUGUGCCCUUUCUGUCAUCAAACGUACGUCAACCCCCCUGACUCAUACUCAUACUGAGCUGGAGGACACACUGUGGAACCUCCUCGUUAACAAUAAUAAAGUAUUUAGUUGUUAGGGACAGAUACAAUUAAUAAUCUGUUGCAUUGCACCAUCAUGCUUGAGCUGAUUUGCAGCAUUAGGCACUAGACAGGCUUUAAAAUGGUGAAUAAGAAAAUAAAGGAAUAUAACUUUGAAAAGAGCCAACGUAACAAAAAAAAGUUUAAACGAUUUCUGCUGAGUCAGGAGUUGCUAAACUUCCCCUUCAUGAUAUGUCAUAUUUGAGGCUAUAUGCACUGCUACGGCUGGCUGCACUUCCAUUUCUUUUCCUUCAAAAAACUCCAACUUAAUAUCCCUACAAGUUCAGUCAACAGAUCAUAGGGAAUGUAGCUUUAGCUCUGUUUGUGUGAAUAGGCCCAAUACUAUGCUGAUGAUUGGAUUUGAGGAUGUAUUUGUCUCUUCUCUCUCUCCCUCUUACUCACUUUCUCUCGCUCUCUCUCGCUUUCUGUCUUACUCACUGACUUUCUCUCUCUUGCUCUCGCUCUAUCUCUACCCCCCCAGUGAAGGAGAAGAUGAAGUAUCGUGCUACUGCCCUUAUUAAGAUUCAGAAGACCGUCCGCAUGUGGCUCUGUAAGAGGAAACAUAAGCCACGGUGGGUACACACAAACACACAUUCUCUUUCUUUGAAAGUCCUUCACACUCUGUGCCUUUUGAUAGCUUCUCCACAUUGUGCAGUUAGAAGUUCAAAUCAAUCUGGAGAGCUCAGCCGUGAGUCCUGGCACGCUCUGUCACCAUAUUGCAUUAAGAAAUGUUAGUCUUACUGUAUUACUUUUGAAAAUACAGUAUGUAGUUUUCAUAUUGCUUUUGGAAAAAACAGUGGGGAAAAAAAGUAUUUAGUCAGCCACCAAUUGUGCAAGUUCUCCCACUUAAAAAGAUGAGAGAGGCCUGUACUUUUCAUCAUAGGUACACGUCAACUACAGACAAAAUGAGAUUUUUUUUCUCCAGAAAAUCACAUUGUAGGAUUUUUAAUGAAUUUAUUUGCAAAUUAUGGUGGAAAAUAAGUAUUUGGUCAAUAACAAAAGUUUCUCAAUACUUUGUUAUAUACCCUUUGUUGGCAAUGACACAGGUCAAACGUUUUCUGUAAGUCUUCACAAGGUUUUCACACACUGUUGCUGGUAUUUUGGCCCAUUCCUCCAUGCAGAUCUCCUCUAGAGCAGUAAUGUUUUGGGGCUGUCGCUGGGCAACACGGACUUUCAACUCCCUCCAAAGAUUUUCUAUGGGGUUGAGAUCUGGAGACUGGCUAGGCCACUCCAGGACCUUGAAAUGCUUCUUACGAAGCCACUCCUUCGUUGCCCGGGCGGUGUGUUUGGGAUCAUUGUCAUGCUGAAAGACCCAGCCACGUUUCAUCUUCAAUGCCCUUGCUGAUGGAAGGAGGCCCCAUUCAUUCUUUCCUUUACACGGAUCAGUCGUCCUGGUCCCUUUGCAGAAAAACAGCCCCAAAGCAUGCUGUUUCCACCCCCAUGCUUCACAGUAGGUGUGGCCGCAACUCGGCAUUCUUUGUCCUCCAAACACGACGAGUUGAGUUUUUACCAAAAAGUUCUAUUUUGGUUUCAUCUGACCAUAUGACAUUCUCCCAAUCCUCUUCUGGAUCAUCCAAAUGCACUCUAGCAAACUUCAGACGGGCCUGGACAUGUACUGGCUUAAGCAGGGGGACACGUCUGGCACUGCAGGAUUUGAGUCCCUGGCGGCGUAGUGUGUUACUAAUGGUAGGCUUUGUUACUUUGGUCCCAGCUCUCUGCAGGUCAUUCACUAGGUCCCCCCGUGUGGUUCUGGGAUUUUUGCUCACCGUUCUUGUGAUCAUUUUGACCCCACGGGGUGAGAUCUUGCGUGGAGCUCGACUGUGUGUGACUGUUUGAGGUUGUGGACAGGUGUCUUUUAUACUGAUAACAAGUUCAAACAGGUGCCAUUAAUACAGGUAACGAGUGGAGGACAGAGGAGCCUCUUAAAGAAGACGUUACAGGUCUGUGAGAAUCUUGCUUGAAUCUCACAGUUACAGGUCUGUGAGAAUCUUGCUUGUUUGUAGGUGACCAAAUACUUAUUUGCAAAUAAAUUCAUAAAAAAUCCUACAAUGUGAUUUUCUGGAUUUUCUUUUCUCAAUUUGUCUGUCAUAGUUGUUGUGUACCUAUGAUGAAAAUUACAGGCCUCUCUCAUCUUUUUAAGUGGGAGAACUUGCACAAUUGGUGGCUGACUAAAUACUUUUUUUCCCCACUGUAUAUAUUGCUUUUGUGAAUGGGUCCAUCCGGUUGAUGAGUUUUUGAAUUGACUUGUUAUCAUGGACUGCUCAGGACCCUAGAAAAUGUGUGAUAGGUCGUUUCACAGAUAAAGCCAAAGGCAGCUGAGAGUUCUGUUUUUCAUUUGAAAUACAUUUGCAAAAAAAUGUAAAAGCAUGUUUUCACUUUGUCAUUGUCUGGUAUUGUGUGUAGAUUGGUGAGAAAAAAAUUCUGAUUAAUACAUUUUGAAUUCAGGCUGUAACACAACAAAAUGUGGAAUAAAUCAAGGGGUAUGAAUUCUUUCUGAAGGCACAGUAUAUGUUCUGUGAAUAGGUUAUUAUGUAGCUUGCACAAAACGACCUAAUAGAGUUGAAAUGUGAGUUCACACAAGAAACCAUUUUCAAGCAUAAAAACUAAUAUAGACUUUUAUUAAUCUCAACCAAAACGAUGUGUGUGUUUUGGCACGUGCGCGUUUUAGUGCUCACACUUAUAUGUGGUUGCACGUAUACUUUAAUGUGCUCCUACGUGUGUGUGUUCAUAUGUAUGUGUGUGUUGCGGCCACAGCAUCGAUGGCAUGGUGAAGGUGCGUAACCUGAAGACACGGAUGGAGCGAUUCAACGAGGUAGUGGGUGCACUGAAGGAGGGCAAGCAGGAGAUGGCCAAGCAGAUCCAGGAGCUGGGGGCCUCCAUCGACACCCUCAUGGCCAAGAUUAAGGUGAGGGCAGCUCCGGGGUGAAGUUGCUCGAAGGCAGAGAUCUAGGUUCAGCUCCUAAUCAGGGAAUUGCAAAACUGACCCAAGAUCAGCGUCUAGGGGCAACUUCACCCUAAACCGAGAAGGCCAGGGUGACUCACCUCUCUUACUUUUCUAAUCUCACAGAUCUCAUCUCUCUGUCAUCUCAGCAGGAAGCCAUUUCCUGGGUGUAAUGAUGUCAUGUCAUAGUAUUGUGAGGACAGAGGUAGAGUUACGAGAUAAGUGGUUUGGGGUCAUGAAGUCUACAUUCCUUAUGUCAAGGUAGAUUAGUGAUGUUUAGGAUAGCAUGAGUGAUGGGCAGGAUAGUGACUUGGGGUAAAGAGUGAUGAACAUCAAAGACAGGGAGUGCCCAUGGAGACUGGAGACUUACCAGAUGUAUGCCAGGAAGAGGGUAAUAGAAGAUAUAUGAGGUAGAGUGUUUCCUUUGUUCAAGUUAGUUCGUAACACCAAGGGCAAAGCUCUGGUCAUUGUUGUAACGAACCCGGUACCGAUCAUUAAAUAUUUGCAUUAACUUUCUACAAAGUGUCUAACUAAAUUCUUGCAUCCUUGAUUACUUGAACACCCGAGAAACUCAUCAUAACACUGGGGUUGUUUUUGAUGUUCCCUCAAAACAAUUUCUGCACUGAGCAAAUGUAAUGUCUGCUGAGCGCUAUGUUGUGAAAAUUCUGGCGUGCGUUUUCUGUGAACACUGAGGCUGUACCCACUUUAAAUUAUAGUUUUAACAGUGGCUAAGUAGGCUACUGUGGCUAUUUGAUCAUAAUAUAUGCCUACCAGAGUGGCCUACCAUCAAAACCCAUGGAGAAAAUGCAUCCCAUAAUAUUUUAACAUGGAAAUAGCUAUUGAAAUAGCUGUUCUAUCAUUCAGCCUACAGUAUCAGCCAAUGUGUGGUGUUCAAUGUAGGCCUAGAUUCCAUGAGACUUUGGAAAAGAUGCAGGGCUUGACAUUAUCUUGUUUAGCCACUCAAACAAGGUGACUGAAAAUGUUUUUGUGUUUGAUGCAAGAAACCACUUUGCAAAAUACCAUUCAAUAUUAUUCCCAUACCAUUAUUAUUACAGAGAAUCAGGGGGGGGAAAAUAUGCUACCCUCUGCCUAUUGGCUUCUUGGCUUAUUCAAACCUGUCUCAAAAUACAACACUGCCUCUUUAAGACAUAAAAAAGCUCUUUACCUGACUCGAUUUUCAAUGAUUUUCAAUGAUGGCUAGAAGUUUACACGUUGUGUGCUCUUCUAGGAAGCAAUCACACCUCGAUUGCUCACCAGAAAUGAGUUGUAACUGGGCUAAUAACUCACUAACUAGCAAAGAAUAUGAAUAAAUGUGCACAUGAGGCUACACGCGGUUAUGCGCUUUGAUCUCAAAACAAGCGCAUCUUCUCGCGAGCGCUCGUGCCCGUCAAUGCAAUAGAAUCCUCCGACAAUGCACUCUGCCUAAAACAAAAUCACAGACUAAGUCUUACAGAGUUAGCUUUGUUUCGGUAUGUUGCUUUGAAAGGGGCUAGUACUAUGUUGAUUCGAUCACAAUUCCCACAGUAGAGGGAAAGGUUGAUAGUGUAAACUAACGGGGCCAACUGUAGUGUAGUUCAAUCUCGUGCGUCUCUUCACGGGCUGGCAUUUCUUCCGCGCGGCAGUCUUGGUGGAGCUUCCCGAACGCACAGCUUAGAGGGAACAUUGGUUGAUUCGAUGUGUAAUCCUCUAAUAUGGAUAAAUAUGGUUAGGCAAUUCCCCUGUCUCCCUCUGCUAGAAACACCAGUGUUUGGGGCCUCUAGAUGUAUGGCACAUCAACCCAACCCACAUGCUAUCCAAACUCUGAAAUUGAUUCCCAAAUUUUUUUAGUGUUGUCUGUAAACUUUGUCUUUGUAGCCAGAUGCGUGUUAUUGGCAGAGGUAGCUAGCUAGAGCGCCGGUAGCCAUCCCUUAGACUAGAUGACUGGAAUCCGAACAGAACCUUUUCUGUCUCAUUCUCCCUUUCUCUCCUUCCUUACUUCCCUCCCUUACUCCCUAGUUCAGUCACCUCUGUGCGUCUGCCCAACCCUGCGCUCCUCUGUUAUCCCCGUGUAGCUCAGUUGGUAGAGCAUGGCGCUUGCAACGCCAGGGUUGUGGGUUCGAUUCCCACGGGGGGCCAGUAUAAAAAAAUUAAAAUUAUGCACUCAAACUGUAAGUCGCUCUGGAUAAGAGCGUCUGCUAAAUGACUAAAAUGUAAAAUGUUCACUAGUGCCUGAUGCUGUUCUCAGCCCUAUAUGAAGCCUGUAGCGUUAGCAUCGCUAUCUGAAUUAUACAUGUCAUAAACAAUGGCUGUCAUUUAGUCAGCGGCGUCAGACCCCAUUCCAGCAGGGAAGACCCUCAAACCCAUGGACAGUUUUAAAUAAACUUUUGUAUGUGCAUAGGAAAUUAGGAAAGUUGAAUGAGAUUCUGGGAUAUUGGGAAUUUAAUGUUACUUUUAACGUUUACCCCACAGGCUUUUUAUUGUAUCUCAUUUGUUUAAGUCAUCGUGAAAAAAAUCUAUCCUAUGAAACGUAUAUGAUGUAUGCAUUUAUGAUAAUGACAUGACACACUGUAUGACAACACAAGUCCAAAUAAUUCUGAUUUUAGCAUAUACAAAAUAGUGUAAUAAGCCUAUCAAAUCAAAUCAAAUAGUAUUUGUCACAUGCGUCGAAUACAACAGGUGUGAAAUGCUUACUUACAAGCCCUUAACCAACAAUGCAGUUUUAAGAAUACCUACAAAAAAAGUAAUUAAAGAGCAGCAGUAAAAUAACAAUAGCGAGGCUACAGUGGGGGAAAAAAGUAUUUAGUCAGCCACCAAUUGUGCAAGUUCUCCCACUUAAAAAGAUGAGAGAGGCCUGUAAUUUUCAUCAUAGGUACACGUCAACUAUGACAGACAAAUUGAGAUUUUUUUUCUCCAGAAAAUCACAUUGUAGGAUUUUUUAUGAAUUUAUUUGCAAAUUAUGGUGGAAAAUAAGUAUUUGGUCACCUACAAACAAGCAAGAUUUCUGGCUCUCAUAGACCUGUAACUUAUUCUUUAAGAGGCUCCUCUGUCCUCCACUCGUUACCUGUAUUAAUGGCACCUGUUUGAACUUGUUAUCAGUAUAAAAGACACCUGUCCACAACCUCAAACAGUCACACUCCAAACUCCACUAUGGCCAAGACCAAAGAGCUGUCAAAGGACACCAGAAACAAAAUUGUAGACCUGCACCAGGCUGGGAAGACUGAAUCUGCAAUAGGUAAGCAGCUUGGUUUGAAGAAAUCAACUGUGGGAGCAAUUAUUAGGAAAUGGAAGACAUACAAGACCACUGAUAAUCUCCCUCGAUCUGGGGCUCCACGCAAGAUCUCACCCCGUGGGGUCAAAAUUAUCACAAGAACGGUGAGCAAAAAUCCCAGAACCACACGGGGGGACCUAGUGAAUGACCUGCAGAGAGCUGGGACCAAAGUAACAAAGCCUACCAUCAGUAACACACUACGCCGCCAGGGACUCAAAUCCUGCAGUGCCAGACGUGUCCCCCUGCUUAAGCCAGUACAUGUCCAGGCCCGUCUGAAGUUUGCUAGAGUGCAUUUGGAUGAUCCAGAAGAGGAUUGGGAGAAUGUCAGAUGAAACCAAAAUAUAACUUUUUGGUAAAAACUCAACUCGUCGUGUUUGGAGGACAAAGAAUGCUGAGUUGCAUCCAAAGAACACCAUACCUACUGUGGAGCAUGGGGGUGGAAACAUCAUGCUUUGGGGCUGUUUUUCUGCAAAGGGACCAGGACGACUGAUCCGUGUAAAGGAAAGAAUGAAUGGGGCCAUGUAUCGUGAGAUUUUGAGUGAAAACCUCCUUCCAUCAGCAAGGGCAUUGAAGAUGAAACGUGGCUGGGUCUUUCAGCAUGACAAUGAUCCCAAACACAACGCCCGGGCAACGAAGGAGUGGCUUCGUAAGAAGCAUUUCAAGGUCCUGGAGUGGCCUAGCCAGUCUCCAGAUCUCAACCCCAUAGAAAAUCUUUGAAGGGAGUUGAAAGUCCGUGUUGCCCAGCGACAGCCCCAAAACAUCACUGCUCUAGAGGAGCUCUGCAUGGAGGAAUGGGCCAAAAUACCAGCAACAGUGUGUGAAAUUCCUUGUGAAGACUUACAGAAAACUUUUGACCUGUGUCAUUGCCAACAAAGGGUAUAUAACAAAGUAUUGAGAAACUUUUGUUAUUGACCAAAUACUUAUUUUCAAUAAAUUCAUAAAGAAUCCUACAAUGUGAUUUUCUGGAGAAAAAACAUCUCAUUUUGUCUAUCAUAGUUGACGUGUACCUAUGAUGAAAAUGACAGGCCUCUCUCAUCUUUUUAAGUGGGAGAACUUGCACAAUUGGUGGCUGACUAAAUACUUUUUUCCCCCACAGGGGGUACCGGUACCGAGUCAAUGUGCGGGGGCACCGGUUAGCCUAUGUGUUUAUGCAUAAGACCUUGACCUAUGACACCACUCCUUUGACCUAUGCCCCCUCCUAUAGGCAACAGUAAUGACCCGGAAGGAGAUUGACCAGGAGUACCAGGGGCUGGUGAAGCGCUCUGAGCAACUGCUCUCCUCCAUGCAGAAGAAGAAGCAGGAGGAGGAGGAGAUGGAGAGGCUGCGGCGCAUCGAGGAGGAGAUGGCGGGGGAGAGGAAGAGAAGGGAGGAGGAGGACCAGCGACGCCAGAAGGAGGAGGACGACAGAAGGAUGUAAGUGGAGGGGAAGGAAGGGUGAAUAAUGGUGGUAUUGGGGGUACAAAAGAGAACAUACAUUUGUAUUUAUUUUUAUUUAACCUUUAUUUAACCAGGUAAGCCAGUUGAGAACAAGUUCUCAUUUACAACUGCGACCUGGCCAAUAUAAAAACAACAACACAGAGUUACAUAUGGGGUAAACAAAACAUAAAGUCAAAAAUACAACAGAAAAUAUGGGCCGAUAGUACUGGGGAUUUAAGUAGUGGAGGGCUUCACUGUGUGCAGGCUUUUGGUUCUAGUGUGUUAGUGCUGGGCUGCAACAAAAGCCUGCACAGUGCACCAAUAGCAGCCCUCCAGUAUUGGAGUUGUCCACGCUUGCACUGUUUUGACAUUUACAUUUACAUUUUAGUCAUUUAGCAGACAUGACCUCUCAAUUUUAAAGAAACCCCCAACAGGAUAUGUCCGCAGUUGAUGUUCAGAGAUUGAUCUUAUACAUGAUUCAUGGUUUGAUCGUGUCAUUGAGGACAUCUGUGAUUUUAAAGUUACAUGGCGUUUUGCCAUUUAAAGGCAUUAACCACCUCUGUCCUCUGUCAUCCUUUCCCCUCUCAUUAGGAAAUCAGAGAUGGAUCAUAAGAGGAAGCAGGAAGAAGAGGAAAGGAAGCGGAGGGAGGAAGAGGAGAGGAUAAUGCAGGUUUGUGACCCCUCUUAAGUGCGAUUGUUGUGGAAAAGGAGAGCUUUGUUACUCACCUUUCCCUUCCCACUAAAGAGACCCUAACACUGGUCCACUUCAUCAGACAUUGACCUUAAUGCCUGAUAGUCUCAAAUGACUUUCUAUGGAGCAGUAAUGGAUUGAUUUCUUACCUGUCGUGUUUGUUGUACUAAGACCAGGGUCGUGGCAUUGGUCAGAUUCCCCAGUGGGCUGUCCCUGUCUUGUGAUGGAUCACUCCUGCUGAGUUUCUCCUUCCCCUUCCCUUCCCAGAACCACCCUUCCCCUCCCACUGUGCCUGAGUCCUCCGCUUCCCCUGAUGAUCAUGCCCUCAAUUACCGUUUGCAGUUACCUCCUUUUCUCCUCUACCGUUUGUUCCCAACCCCCUUCUGUCCUCGUCUGCCCUGUAAAAUCAUAUGCAUUUUCCUAAUUUUCUCUUCCUCUGCCCUCUCUUUCCACCCUCAUCCCCCUUUUCUUCUGUCCUGUAUUACCAUAUGCUGUUCUCUCUUUUCUCUCCUCCUCUGCCCUCCAUUCCCAGCCUCAGGCCCCCUUUUCCGCUCUCUUUUCUUCUCUAUCCCCUCAUUCCCACACCCUUCUUCAGUUCUCAACCCUCCAUCUCCAUCAAUCCUCUUCCUUCCUCAUCCAUCACUCCUCUUUUUCUUCACGACUGCUCUCCUUUAUCCCUGUCUCUGCCUCCCCCUAUUAUAUUGGUAGUCUUUCAUCUCUAAUCCCCUACUUCCUGUCUAGACAGUCCUCUUUCCCUAUUCUCAUCUCUCUGUAGUCCCUUCUUCCCUCUUCCCCCGCCAUCCCAUUCUCUCCCUCUCAACACACCAGUCCUCCCUUUUUCCUAUUCUCUCCCUGUUCUCCUAUUCUCUCCUAUGAUGGUGUCUAUCCUGGGGAUCACCACCGUUCACUGUCUCUAAUCUACCCGGGCUGGAAGCCCUGUCAAAGCUCUCCUGCUAGUCUAGGAGUGCUAGAAGUACUGAUGCUAGCUCAUUUCAUGGACCGCAAGCAGAGGCACCCACGUCUGCCCUCCCAAGCUCACCCCAGCACAGCAUUGAUAUUCAUAGAUCUCCACCCGUUGCUUUUAGCAGCCCGAUUCACACGCACAAAGCUGAGUUUCCGAAGCGUCUCUCUAAAGUUCACUUUAGCCUUGGCUCAUCCUACUUCAAAGCCUUAGAAUAGUGGAAAUGCGCUUUUUGGGGGGGUACCUGUGCUUUUUUCCCCUCAGAGUUUUGCUACUUUCACCUUUGCUACCUUGUUUAUCGCUCUCCAACUUCCCCACAACGCCUAAAGAGUCCCUCUGACCUUCCUCUCUGAUUUGGCUGCCGUGUUGUUGUUGCAGUUGUCUGCUGGGUGCAUGUCUGCAUCGUCUAGACGUGCAAUCACAGGGACAGACUCAAUACCAGCUGCUUAAACCAGGAUAAUAUGUCUAAUCAGGCCUCACCACACAGCAGGCCCUGUAAUUGCCUAAGUUCUCCUGGCAUUCAGGGCCAGUCGAGGCUCCAUCGCUCCCCAGGACUGAGACAGUCUGACUCAGCCCCUGGUCCUGCUCUAAUCUCAGACUCCAGAGGUGGCUGGCUUUCCCCCAAAAAAAGUGUGAGAAGAAGAACAUCCAUGUUGUGUUUACUUGCUGUGUUUACAGAUUAAAAGUGGCGUGUUGUGUCAAUCGUCAUGAAAUGUUGAAUCUAUGGCAUGUAAAAAAAUUAAUAAUAGAAAUCUUACCAAGUUUCUGCUGAUAGCUGUCUGAAAGUAACUGUCUAGUGAUACAGAUAGUCUAUCCUUUCUCUGCUGUAGUGAUGUUUCACAUCAAUAACAGCUUCCUUAUAUGAAGCCCUGUAAAUGAACCACUCAUGAUGAUGCAGUGGCGAUGUUGAGAAUAACGACGGUGCUGACGAUGUGUGCGUUCAGGCGGAGAUGGACAUCCAGAUAGCGUUGGAGCGAGAGGAGGACGCCCAGCGGUCGGCCAUGUUGGAGCAGGAGAGGCGGGACAGAGAGCUGGCCAUGAGGAUCGCCCAGAGUGAAGCCGAACUCAUCACCGACGAGGCCCAGAUGGACCCCAGCCUGCGCAGGUACACACGGAUACACAAAAGUGGACACACAAACACACACACACUGUGCUGUAUAUCUGUGUAUUGUUAUUCAUAUAUUGUAGUGUCUCAAUACACAAGCCCUAGAGGAGGUUUUUGUAGGACGUACCCAAGGUUGAGUACGUGGACAAGGUUGUUGUUUAACCCGGAACAUGUUGUAAUAUGAGCUCUAGGAGCUUCUGCAGCAGGAUUUGGUAAGGAUUCAACAAGUCAAAUAAAAAGAGCUGUUGUAUUUCUUCUAGGUCCGAAAGGAGACCUGUCCACUGCAUGCAUGUGUAACCAAUUUUUUUUCUCCUCUUGUUCUCCCCUCUCUCAGAAAUGGGUCUUUCUCAGGUCUCUAUCCAGACACAGUGAGAUCCAUGUAAGACAUUAGCCAUUAGCUUAGCCUCCUGCUUCCAGUAACCUAACAUAAGCCAUUAAUCACACUCCCCCGCAUGCUUUAAUCUCAACCUCAAAUCUUUCAUCAACCUAUAUCCAGGAUUGUACCAGCCCAUGCAAAGCCAUCAUAAACAAUACGCAAAUUCUCUAACUCUUCACAUUGGAUCCAACCAAAUAACACCACAUUCCAGUCACGAAUCAAUCCGCCGUUGUGGUCCCGGCCCAGGGCAUGAAUCAACAAUGCCAAGGUAUACGCACGUCUGUUAUUAGCCCAUCGCAAACAGAUGACUAUUGCGUGACAAAUCUAAAUAGGAACAUAUCAUAGAACAUGCCGAUCUGCUUUUGAUCUGUUUCUGCUGGUUCUUCUGAGUUGCACCAGUCAUAUCCUCAUCAUCAUAUCCUCUGUUUGCAGUGCUGGUGGACUUCAAAACCUCAAGGCAAUCACAAUGUAUGUUCUCUGGGGCUUUUUCAUACAUUGUAUUUGUUCUUAUCAAGCAUAUUGAUAUGGCAAACAUUGAUAUUCCAUUCCUAUUGUAUUACAUCUGAUAGCUUUGCACAACUAUUUGAUAAAACACACAAAGCCCUCUCUUUAAACUGAUCUACUACUCAGUGGGGAUGUACUGUAGAAUUAACUCCUAACCAACGUUCGUGGUAGGACUAAUUAGCUAACUAGUUAGGACUCACACUUAACCACUCCAGUAAUGAUAUCAGUAGCUACUACCGUCAAACAAAUAGAUUAGUUUAGCCAUGGUUAGUUACAGUUGGAACAGAGUAGUACUGUAUUUGGGUGUACUGACACUUGGCCUACCUGUUCACUCAUCAGAUGCAAUUACUUCUUCAUGACUUGUCACUGAGGGAUAUAAUUAAGCAGCUUCCAAUUCUUACAGCUGUCAACACGCCACAAGUGUCACAUCAGUGUGUGACUGUCACAACACAGGCUGACAUCAACGUAUCAGAUGGCUACACACACAGUUCAUAGUGGAAGCCACCCUGGUCUCCGUGACCAAUGGGAAAUACGAUUAUACUACUGAUAUAUGGAUGUGUGUGAAUCAAGAGACAUUUAUGUGUUAUUCUGUUAUAGUAAUUGAUGUGUGCUGGUAUUAAUGUGUUUAUAGGGAGGAAAUGGCCCUGGAAAUGUCACAACUUCUGGCUUGGUGGGUAAUGGAGAUAAAUAGUUUGUUCCCGGAUCAAUGAUCACCUGAAUCACCCAAAUCGAUUAAUCAAAUGAAUCAUUUCCGGAAAAAAUCCAAAAUUAAUUGUUAAAAUUGUUUAAAAUCCUAGUGAGCAAAGGGAAAUGAAGAGAUUUUACCAAUGAUGUUAUCUUGUUGAUCAGUGUAUUGAAUCUUGAAAUUAGACGUGUUUGUGUGUGUGCCUGCAUGCGUGUGUGUUUUGGGAUUAAAUCUGAUUGUGUGCCAGAUGUGGCAUUGACCACAGCUAUGGCACUUUGAACACGACUAACUUCCUUAAAGCUGGUUUAAGAAAGUUACUACAAACAACAAACACUGUUUUUUCCCCUCAGACAUCAUUGCACCUUUUUUUUUGCCAUGACGGUAAAAAAGCUCCUCAGUUUGGCAACAAAAACAAUAACUGUGGUGUUGCGGCCAGUGACGCUGUUUCUCCCUACUAUGGAUUCCAUCUUUAAAGACACAACAUCAAUCAAAGUGUAUGCCUCAUCUAUAAUAAGCGCUCUUUGUAAGAGCUAGUUGGCCAACGCACCUUCGAGUCGCCGUGUCUACACUCAAUCCCUGUUACCCCCGGAGCACUUUGAGGGGGUGACCUGGCAACCAUCCAGCGCUCAGCCCCAAAGGUCAGGUGAGCUGUCACCACAAAACACAACAGUGUCUCGCUGACAUUCUUCUGUCACUCCGGUAUCUGCCCAGGCUGGCCCUCCUCCCACCGAAGAUUGGAUGAGCACCAGAAGACCCAAGGAUUCCUCUACAGCGGACCAAAGCCUUGACCCUGCCACAUAGACGCCCAUACAGACCUGGAGGGCCACCUGUAAAUAGGGGCCAAAUCCUGCAUGUCAGGUUAUUGAGUUAGAGCUCUCAGAAGCAUGCUGCUGGAGGGGUGGAAAGGGCUGCAGACUGUGCUUUCGUAAGCCCAGGAACACACUGACUAAGGUUAGGUGAUGUGGGCACUAGGGAGUAGGUGAUAGGGUGAAAUGGGCACACUAAAUGUCCACAUGCAUGUAGUCCAGCUCCCCUGCUGUCUGCUUCAUCCACCUCGUAGUGGGAGUGUAAUUGCCUGGGGGAUGUCGGAGAACAGUGCCAAAGUCAGACACAGAUUUCCCCUUUUUGCCCCACUUAGCACUUGAUUGUUUUUCUGAUUGUUACCAGUAUUUUAGUCUUUGAAAAUGACCACCAGAUCACUAUGGCGCGCCGAUCCGUGCGGGGAUUCCGAGACGUCCCACUGCUCGGACCUUUUGAAAUGUUGAAUUACAAUUCAAAUUGAUUCCUCUCUUCUCUUGCGGGGAAUGCAGGGGUCCACAGGUGCAGGCACUCAAAGCCGCCGGCGUGAGGAAGUACGACCUGAGCAAGUGGAAGUACGCCGAGCUGCGGGACGUCAUCAACACCUCGUGCGGUAAGACUUUUCCCCAACCCCUCUCACCACUACCGCUACCAAGGCCUGAGGGGCUACUCUCAGCAUGGGGCCCCAUCUAUUCACUACACUACACUCUGAAAAAGCCCAGGGAUACCUGGGCAAUGUGACGAGCUCUCAGGGAGAUUCAUGAUCCGGCUCUGUGCACCUCCAUCACUCACGCCAUCAUUAAUUCAGCCCCACUGUUAAUAAUUUAAAAACUGGCCGGUAACGCAACCUCUUCAAAAGUGUGGCAAAGGGGUUUUCGCCCUGCUCUAGACUUUCCUGCCUAGGCGUGAUUUCCCCUAUAAUUUUCACGUAAAGCUAAAGUGGGAGGUAAUUUCGAGGAGAUUGCAACUGGGCGAAAUUGACAGGGGAAUUCUAUUUGUUUGAGGGUGUAAUAUUUAAGAGCCGACAGGAGAGUGUACAUGCAGCUGCUACGUUGAUGAAGGUACAGCCUUGUGGCAGAGGGGGAGAUUAUUACCAUUAAGGUGAAUUACAGUGUUUUGCCCUCUGUACCCGUUUCAAUAAAAAAACAUGGAGGAAAGUCUUACCGCCUCAUUCUGAAUCGACAUGUAUGAAUAGGCCAGCUGUCAGUUGGGGAGUGCUUCGUACCAACACUUCCCCUAAGAGCAUGCUGUGUCUCAACCGAUAGUGAGCAUAACACAAACACCUCAGAUGAUGGAAAAUAGGGUCUAAGCUACAAUAUAUAUGCGAGAAAUGGACAUUAAAGGACCAGUUCUACCAUUGGCAAAUACACUACAUGAACAAAAGUAUGUGGACACCUGCUCGUCGAACAUCUCAUUCAUAAAUCAUGGGCAUUAAUAUGGAGUUGGUCUCCCCUUUGCUGCUAUAACAGCCUCCACUCUUCUGGGAAGGCUUUCCACUAGAUGUUGGAACAUUGCUCUGGGGACUUGCUUCCAUUCAACCACAAGAGCAUUACUGAUGUCAGGCACUGAUGUUGGGCGAUUAGUCCUGGCUCGUAGUCGGCGUUCCAAUUCAUCCCAAAGGUGUUCGAUUGGGGUUGAGGUCAGGGCUCUGUGCAGGCAAGUCAAGUUCUUCCACACCGAUCUCGACAAACCAUUUCUGUAUGGACCUCGCUUUGUGCACAGGGACAUUGUCAUGCUGAAACAGGAAAGGGCCUUCCCCAAACUGUUGCCACAAAGUUGGAAGCACAGAAUCGUCUAGAAUGUAGCGUUAAGAUUUCCCUUCACUGGAACUAAGAGGCCUAGCCCAAACAAUGAAAAACAGCUCCAAACCACCCCCACCAAACUUUACAGUUGGCACUAUGCAUUCAGGCAGGUAGCGUUCUCCUGGCAUCUGCCACACCCAGAUUCUUCCAUCGGAAUGCCAGAUGGUGAAGCGUGAUGCAUCACUCCAGAGAACGCAUUUUUCACUGCUCCAAAGUCCAAUGGUGGAGAGCUUUACACCACUCCAGCCGACACUUGGCAUUGCGCAUGGUGAGCUUAGGCUGCUCGGCCAUGGAAACCCAUUUCAUGAAGCUCCCGACGAACAGUUCUUGUGCUGACAUUGCUUCCAGAGGCAGUUUGGAACUCGGUAGCUACGCGCUUCAGCACUCUGCGGUCCCAUUCUGUGAGCUUGUGUAGCCUACCACUUCACGGCUGAGCCGUUGUUGCUCCUAGAUGUUUCCACUUCACAAUAACAGCACUUACAGUUGACCGGGGCAGCUCUAGCAAUGCAGAAAUUUGACGAACUGUGUUGUUGGAAAGGUGACAUCCUAUGACGGUGCCACAUUGAAAGUCACUGGGUUCUUCAGUAAGGCCAUUCUACUGCCAGUGUUUGUCUAUGGAGAUUGCAUGGUGGUGUGCUCAAUUUUAUACACCUGUCAGCAACGGGUGUGGCUGAAAUAGCCGAAACCACUAAUUUGAAGGGGUGUCCAUGUACUUUUGCAUAUAUAGUGUUUAGUUCAAAUCAAAAGGGAGCAGUCAAAAAGUGAUUGAAAUUAAGUGGAAUGACCCUAAUGCAUUAAUUGUGGUGGAAAUGAAAUUCGGCUUGGUUGUGACGACUUUGUUACAUUCUCCAUGGCCCUUUUUGAAUUAUUUACACCCAUCCUGUUGCUACUUUCUCUCCUUGCUGUGAGGAAAACUGAAUUGCGACCUAUUUUCACAACCCCCAAUUUUAAUGUGUUCAUCGUUUCCUGAAAGGUGAAGAUUAGAACUUGAGUAUUAUCUUGAAUAGUUGGCGAUUCUACGACAGUGGGAGCAGAAAAUAUUUUGGGUAUCUCAGAUUUUGUCAAUUCUCACAUAGAAACUUCAUUGGGAGGAAGGAUGUUUGACAUGCUUUUGUAUCACACAUUUUUUGGGGGGAAAUCAUGAUGAAAGUGGCCAUUUUAGGCCCUUUUAGACCUAUACAUGCCAACUGUAAGACCGUGAACCGUACAUGAUACAGACAACAUCUUGGUGUCAUUAUACUCCUAAUAGUGUGCGUUCAAAUAUGGAGUGUCUAGAUUCUGAAAUAAAAUAUUUCAAGUUAAUUUAUUCAACAUACAAAUAUUAAUAUGAAUAUCUCAAAACUACCCUUUUUAUUUUGCUUAUUUUUAGACAAAUUGUUUGGAACAAUAUACUCUUCAAACACGUCAAAUUUCCAGAGUGGGCUCUUUGGUACUUUUAAUGAUAUUACCCAUUUUCUACAUACAAAUGGACAUUAUAGGUCAAUUAACCAAUCACAGCCCUCCUUUAGGAUUGCACAUUCAGCAAGUCACCAGCAGAGGGAGUUCCCUUUUAAUCCAUUUACCAUUCACUGUGUUGGUGGUGUUCAUAAAAUGUAUCAUAACUUCAGAAUUAGCAGAGAGCUCACUCUGGAAAUGUUAUGUACUUCCAAAAAGUAUAGUGGUGGAAAAAGUACUGAAUGGUCAUACUUGAGUAAAAGUAAAAACGCCUUAAUAGAAAAUGACUGAAGUAAAAGUGAAAGUCACCCAGUUAAAGUCUAAAAGUAUCUGGUUUAAAAUGUACUUAAGUGGUGGAAAAAGUACUUAAUUGUCAUACUUGAGUAAGAGUAAAAGUAAAUGCUAUACAUCAAAUAUAUUAUAUUAAGCAAACCAGACAAUUAUUUUUGUUUUAUUUACGGACGGACAGGGUCACACUCCCACACUGACAUCAUUGAUAGGUGCGUGAAUUGGACCAUAUUGCUGUCCUUCCAGAUCAUUCGAAAUGAAAUUACUUUUGUGUGUCAGGGAAAAUGUAUAUGAGUAAAAAGUACAUAUUUUCUUUAGGAAUGUAGUAAAGUACAGAUAACCCCCAAAGUUACUUAAGUAGUACUUCAAAGCAGUGGUAUAAAGUACUUCAAAGUACUUUACACCACUGCUUAAAAUGAAUACAUUUAAAAGGGUUGUUUAUUUCAGAAUCUAAAUAUACUCCAUAUAUUAAAGCACACUACAAGGAUUAUAAUGACACCAAGAUGUUGUCUGUAUCAUGUACGGUUCACCGACCUGAAGGUCUUACAGGAUGUAUAGGUCUAAAAAGGAAAUGGCCAAUUUCAUGAUUUUCUCAAAAAUGGUUUGUGAUACAAAUGUAAGAAUUUCCAGAACAAUUUCAGAUACCAAAAAUAUUUUUGGCUCCUGCUGGCAUGGAAUCGCCCUAAUACAUGAGAAAUUCCCAUGAUUUAUGAAUCUGUUCGGCCCGAACAGCUAGCGCGACAGCUAAAAUGAAUUUAUAAAAAUACGAUUUCAGCUAAUAGGGAGAAGUAUCUAACAAAAUUACAUUAUGGCAUUCACUAAUCAUAAAACGAUUUACAUAUAAUAGAAAUGUGGCUACAUUUGGACAAAUAUUUGUUAUUCUCAUUCACUGUGGUUAAGUUCUGUUGAUGUCAUCCCUGUGUAGAUAUUGAGCUGCUGGCGGCAUGCAGGGAGGAGUUCCAUCGCCGUCUGAAGGUGUACCACGCCUGGAAGUCCAAGAACAAGAAACGCGACACAGCCAUGGAGCAGAGGGCCCCCAAAUCUAUCACUGACUACGGUGAGUGAGAUACCCCAUCCUGGGAUGUUGUGCUACUGUAGGCUACCCUCCUCAACCCAGGAUUGUGUUCCCGACAUUAACACGUUCUGUCUUAACCCCGCUAUUACCAUUUCUGUGUCCAUUGCAGACAUGUUUUCAACAGUAGCAUCCUUUUUGUCAUCUCUUUCAUCGGUUUUCUUUCUGUGACCAUCUUUGACCUUGAAAGUUAUGGUACAGCUAACUGCCAAAAUAAAGGAAACGCCAACAUAAAAUGUCUUAAUUGGACGUUGGGCCACCACGAGCCAGAAAAGCUUCAAUGUACCUUGACAUUGAAGUGUCUGGAACUCUAUUGGAGGCAUGGGACACCAUUCUUCCACAAGAAAUUCCAUAAUGUGGUGUUUUGUUGAUGGUGAUGGAAACGCUGUCUCAGGCACCGCUCCAGAAUCUCCCAUAAGUGUUCAACUGGGUUUGAGAUCUGGUGACUGAGACGGCCAUGGCAUAUGGUUUACAUCAUUUUCAUCCUCAUCAAAUGAUUCAUUGACCAUUCGUGCUCUACGGAUGGGGGCAUUGUCAUCCUAUGUGGGCAUAUCCAUGGUAGCCAAAAUAAUGGUCUGCCCAGCAUUUUUAUACAUGACCCUAAGCAUGAUGGGAUGUUAAUUGCUUAAUUUACUCAGGAACCACACCUGUGUGGUAGCACCUGCUUUCAAUAUACUUUGUAUCCCUCAUUUACUCAAGUCUUUACAUUAUUUUGGCAGUUACUUGUACAUCCACACAGAGUACCUCAUUUGCUAGCACAGUACUCAUUUUCCCACUUGUCAAUGUACUUUCCCAAAGGGAAAAAGUCUCACAAUUGCAUUUAUGUGAGAUUAACAUGGAGGGUAAAAACCCAAGAAGAAGCAGCAAUGCUUCAGUGAGCCCUUCACAGCUUCACUGUCUCUUCUCCUGAUGAUGAUGGCGGAGGGAGAUGAAUGCCCACUUCAUAAAUAGCCCGCCUGUUCUUCCUGACAUUCAAUUAGUGUUCUUAAAAGCCAGGCCCCAGAACUUAGCUCCCAUCUGCGUCAAAAGUAUUUGUUCCAAUUAUACUCAGCUGCCACGACGCCUCAUCAGGUUUAGCUGUGCGCUACCAUGACCGCUCGCUCUAUCCAGCCAAGCAUGAUAUAUUCAACUCAGACCCAGACAACAGGGGCGGCUGGAAAUCAUGUUUAAAGUAAAUAUUAUUUAGUUACAUGAAAGCUAUCCAGUCUCCUUUGUUCGCCCUUCUUUUCCAUAGAUUUUCAUUCCUAAGAACAGAUUUUGUUGCUUUCACUGAAUUUUCAUCUCUUUUGAUGUGAAAGCUUCUAGAAGGCAUGUUGAACCCAUUUUAUUUGCCUUUUGUUUGGCUGCAGUUCUCUCUUCCUUCGCUAAUGGAAGCAGGUCUUGGCAAGUCUGCCAUAUAAGAGGGGAGAAAGCAGCUUACCUGGCUUUUCACCCAUAGCAUUGUUUGUGUAUUUUAUGCCAUCUUUGUUGUCUCAUAUUUUCAGUUUCAUGUUUUUGCUUCCUUCCACCACCCUAUGAUUCAAUCAUUCAACUUAGUCAUGUUCUAACAUUUUGCAGAUAAAUUGCUUCAAACACUAAUGGACUCUACUGUGUAAAUACAGGAUUGCUCCUCAAAAAAAAUUACAAAGAUUUCCACAUGUAUUUGCCCCAGUAAUCACACAAUGUCAUAAUAAAUCAGUAUUGUGGCAGUAACAAGGACAUAAAACCCGCCACACACAGCCCAACAGAACCCGGCUCCAGCCGUGGCCGCCCAGCAGCAGGAGAUAACCAUGAACCGCCAGCAGCGCUACUUCCGCAUCCCCUUCAUCCGUCCCGCUGACCAAUAUAAAGACCCCCAGAACAAGAAGAAGGGUUGGUGGUACGCCCACUUUGAUGGGCCCUGGAUCGCCAGGCAGAUGGAGCUACACCCAGACAAGCAGCCCAUCCUACUGGUGGCAGGUGGGUCCCUCGAGCUAGAUCAGCUUCAUAUGUUCUUUAUAUGUGCAUUGAUGUGUUUGUAAAAUGAAACUCUGGGCUCUAUGUCAUAGAGCAUGUUAUGAUUGUGCCAGGUAGCUGGUUUUGUGCACGUGUGAAUGUGGUUAUCCUAUCCUAAAAAAGAAUCCCUAUUCAAUCAUAUAUUAUCCUUUCCUGUGUGUGUAUUAAAUCCUUAAUCCUUAUUAAAUCCUGUUUUUGACUGUCAGCGUCUCUCCCCUCCUUUCUCUCUCUCUUCCCCCAUCCCCCCCCCCCCCCCCCCAUCCUUAGGGAAAGAUGACAUGGAGAUGUGUGAGCUAAGCCUGGAGGAGACAGGCCUGACCCGGAAGAGGGGGGCUGAGAUCCUGCCUCGGCAGUUUGAGGAGAUCUGGGAACGCUGCGACGGGAUCACGUACCUGCGAAACGCCAUCGAAAGCAGGCAGGCCAGGCCCACGUACGCCACAGCCAUGCUGCAGAACCUCUUCCAGUGA